AUGCCCCCCCACCAAGGCCUCGUCCACCCCAAAGAAUACGACAUCAAAGACAGCAACGUCGAGCUCAUCAACACCUCCAUCGACCACCGCAUAAAAUACGCCUCCGCAACCACCGAGCCCGCCUGGAACGACGGCCGCGUCGGCCAAAACCCCGGCCUGCGCAUCUGGCGCAUCGAAGAAUUCCAAGUCAUCCCCUGGCCCGAGAACAACUACGGCCAGUUCUACGAUGGCGACAGCUUCAUCGUCCUGCACUCCUACAAGGUCGGCAAGGAGGAUAAACUAGGCCACGACAUCUUCUUCUGGCUGGGCAGUCACACCACGCAGGAUGAGGCGGGCGUCGCUGCCUACAAGACGGUUGAGCUGGAUGAGUUUCUGCACGGGGCGGCGACGCAGCACCGCGAGAUUCAGAGCGCUCCGUCGGACGAGUUCCUAGCGCUGUUUCCGAGGAUGUCUAUUCGCUCGGGGGGCGUGCGUUCUGGGUUCAGGCAUGUGGAGGAGGAGGCUAAGGAGGCUAUUCGGACGUUGCUGCGUGUGUUUAAGAGCCCCUCUGGGAAUGGGGUGGUUGUGCAUGAGGUUGAGGCCAGGGUGGAGAGUCUGGAUGAUGGGGAUGUUUUUGUGCUGGAUACGGGUGAUAAGAUUUGGGUGUGGCAGGGAAAGAACUGUAGUCCCAUGGAGAAGGCGAAGGCUGCGCAGGUUGUGCAUGAUAUGACUCUCGCGAAACAUGUUGACGUCGAGGUUAUUGCUCAGAGUGAGUCUCGCUCGCGCCGUAUUACAGAUUUGCUGGGUGGAGGAGAUGACACUCCACGAGAGGGCUUCAAGCAACGUCGUCCAAUUAGCACAUCCGCGAGGAGAAGCACGCCAGAUCAGUCGAGGAAGUUGUUCCGUCUAAGCGACGCCUCUGGCCAGUUGGCAUUUGACCUUGUCAAGGAUGGUGGUCGUAUUUCACAGGCUGAUCUCGACGGCAACGACGUCUUCUUGCUAGAUGAUGCAGGUAAAGGUAUUUGGGUAUGGGAAGGCGCUGGUGCUAGUCGUCAGGAAAAGGCCAAGUGGCUGUCCGUCGCGCAGGCAUACAUUCGGCAUGUGCAGGGCGUGAGUCCUGAUGGCGAGCAUUACUUGACGCCGUUGGCGAAGGUGAAUGAGGGGAAUGAGAGCCGGGCUUUCAUGAGGGCGAUUGCUGCGAAUUAG